UCUGCUUGUAGCUGCUGCACUAUCUUGAACGCAAUUUGCAGGCAGCACCAUGUCUAUGAACGAAAUCGUCCCCAAUCUGUGGGUGGGCGACCUCCCAAGUGCGCUCGACACCGAGACCCUCCGAGCACACAACAUUCGCAGUGUUCUGACGGCGAUGCGGGGGCGAGUCUCUAUUCACGAGACUUUCGUGCGGCACCAAAUCAACAUAGACGACACAGACAGUUCCGAUAUUCUACAGCAUUUCGUCCCUGCUAUCACAUUCAUUCAGGCAGAACUCGACAAGGGAAAAGGAGUGCUGGUGCACUGUCAAGCUGGAAUGAGCCGAAGCGUCGCAAUAGUCGCUGCAUACCUCAUGGUCACGGAAAGCUUGGAUGCCGAAAGUGCUCUAGAGGUCAUCAGAAAGGCGCGGCCAAAUGUCCAGCCAAAUGAAGGGUUCAUGCGUCAGCUCGAAAUAUUCCAUCAGGCAUCCUUCAAAGUCUCAAAGCGAGACAAAGAGACGCGUCUGUUCUACCUUGAGCGUGUUGUGAAUGAGGUCAUGAAUGGAGACGGAGAGUUUGAGACAGAGAUGUUCGCGAAAUUCCCCUACACACCGUCAGAUACUCCUGUGCCUCCGCCACGCCGUCGAAUACGAUGCAAGAUGUGCAGACAGGAACUGGCCGCGCGAGAACAUAUGCUCGAUCACGGUCAGGUCGGACCGCCCACCCCAGCUGUUCUCUCUGCGGCUAACUCAAGAAGACCAUCCAUGAACGAUCCAAAACCUCUGAGCCCGCUCGCCUCUGGUGCAACUGCUCCCCGACGAGCGUCGUCCUCCGGCGGUGUAAAGCCGCUUGUUCAAGGUCCUCCUGCCGCCCCUUCCUCGGGCUUAUCACGCAGCAACUCUCUUCACGAGUCUCAUCCUCGCUCGCGCCUGGGUUCCAUCAGCGAACUGGCCGAAAAUCGACCCGUUCAGGCUACGCUUCUUCAGCUUGAUAGCGCCUCUGCUUCGGUUGGGCGAUCUGCCUCGGACCUACUAUCCGAAUCAGCUUUUGACGAGGACUCCAGCGACGAGGAACCGCCCCAAUCUGAAUCAGAGCCAGUAAGCGACGACAAACCCAUCCCAAGCACAUCACCAGAAGCAAAGGCAGGGCCGACCAAAACGUCAGGCGCGGAGUCUGCGACUGCUGGAAAGGCCGACACGGAGUUUCCUCCGACGGAGGCUGCUGCGGAGAGCGCAGACAAGGUCACACCACUGCCAUCCCAGCGGCCUCCCAUCUCCCUCUCAAACUCCUUCGCCCACCCGACCGAUCUCGCUGCGCAACUCGCUGCGCAUCCAAAGCUUGCCGCCCUCCGCCCUCCCGCCGGUCUGUCUAUGACCCCCCUUGCUCCCGCAGGCGGCAGCUCCCCUACCCGCUCCGCGCCGCAGAGUCCUGGACUCGCUUCUGUGAAGAGUCCGAACUAUUUCGCGUCAAUCAGUCCGCCCAUCCUCGCGAACCCAAAGUGUUCUGGAUACUUCGUCGAACCGAUGAAGUGGAUGGAACCUUUCCUGGAGCAGGGCCAUAUGGCUGGCAAGAUCAUCUGCCCGAAUAAGAAGUGCAGUGCGAAACUGGGCAACUACGACUGGGCCGGCGUGUGCUGCAGCUGCAAGGAGUGGGUCGUUCCGGGAUUCUGCAUCCACCGUUCAAAAGUCGAUGAAGUUGUGUAA